AUGAACUCCCUCAACCUCAUCUCGUCCCGAGUCAUCGGCCAAGCUCAACCUUCUCGGCCACGAUCGCAUUCUCAAGGCGAUCUCCUACAAAAGGACUAUUCCGACGAAGCUCCAAGAGGGAGAACUUAUAGUGAAGAGCAUGUUCCCCAGACCAAAAAGGAGUCCACUUCUCAAUUCCCACUCUUCAACCACGACUCCGCUACACCCGACGAUGAAGCGCCUGUAAAGAAUGAGGACGACCAGGAGGAUGAAAAGACCCCCUUGCUCCAGCUACACGAACGAAAGCCUGCCUCUAAAUGGGACAAUGGAUGGAGGGGUUACGUGAAGAGAUUGGCAGAUGUCAUUACCGCCAUCCUCGCCGCCAUUGGAGCUCCCGUUGUCUAUAUUGCCAGGUGUUUCAGAACUCAAGACGGAAGAUUUUCAAUUGUUCCACGCCCACCGCGAACAGAUCGCUCAUCAUUGAGUGGUACGACCAAGACCAUUGGACUGUCAAGCGCCGCCAAAGACCCUACCUGGUCCUCUGAGAAGCCCGGGAAGCCGACCAAUCGUCCUCUGCUGGAUGCAAAACUACAUCACUCUUAUUCGAGUGAUUCCUUGAACACUCUGAGCUCCGAUUCCGAUAAUGAUACACACAAGGCCGGUCAGGGUCAAGGUCAACCCAAGGUCAAGAAAGAAAAAGACCUGCGCCAGGAGUCUGAAACUCGGAGAUCUUCAAUAAGAAUCAAGGAACAAAAUGAUGCCGUCAAGCGUCGCAAGCAGAAAAAAGCGACUAGUCCACUUGGUGACGCCACUCCCCUGACCGUUGACACUAUCAAGUCUCCAAGGUCUCCCUCACCUUCAUUACGAAUAACUAGGUACCCUCAUGCCCCUCAGCCUCCACGUCCUUUGAUCCCUAGACGUCAACCGUCGUAUUCCAACCUGAUUCCUCGCUCCCCUGGCCGAGGUGCACUUCUACAACAAAAGACACUGGUUCUCGACCUUGACGAGACGUUAAUUCAUUCCCUCGCCAAAGGUGGCCGCAUGUCUUCUGGCCACAUGGUCGAAGUGAAAUUGAAUACGCCCGUGGCUCUCUCCGCCCCACAACCUGGCCAGGCUACACCCGUCAUUGGACCUCACCAUCCCAUUCUAUAUUAUGUACACAAACGACCACAUUGCGAUGAAUUUCUCCGAAAAGUGUCGAAAUGGUUCAAAUUGGUGGUAUUUACAGCAUCUGUGCAAGAAUAUGCGGAUCCGGUGAUUGACUGGCUGGAAGUUGAACGUAAGCAUUUUGUGGGGAGGUACUAUCGACAGCAUUGCACAUUUCGCAAUGGUGCCUAUAUCAAGGACCUGAGCAGCAUUGAGCCUGAUCUGAGCAAGGUGAUUAUUCUGGACAACAGUCCCGUCAGCUAUAUUUUCCAUGAAGAUAAUGCGAUUCCGAUUGAAGGAUGGAUCAACGAUCCAACUGAUAAUGAUUUGCUUCAUUUAAUACCCCUGUUAGAGGCGCUGCAGUAUGUGACGGAUGUUAGAGCCCUGUUGGCACUGCGGAGAGGAGAGGCAGAGGUCAUUUCGUAG